CGCCCGAAGGGGAGACCGCGGCACGACCCGGAACUGCAGACGGCGGCGGCUCCGCGCGGUGCGCGGGCCGGAGUUGCUGUGUGGGGCGGGGAAGGUUCCGCGCAGGGGCCGGAGAACCAGGACCAUGCCGCCCCCCAAAGACGUGGUGAAAAUCGCCAUUCAGAUGAUGGGAGCCAUCCCGCAGCUCAUCGAACUCAACCAGACCAAGCCCCUGGCUGCGGUUGUGAAGGAGGUUUGUGACGUGUGGAACCUGGGCAAUGCGGAGCACUACGCCCUGCAGUACGUGGACGGGCAGCAGACGUACAUCACCGAGUCGAACCGUGCGGAGAUUAAGAAUGGGAGCAUCCUGCGGCUGACCACUUCUCCAGAUCAGGAGGCAGAGCGGCUGCUUAGCGGGAUCCAGAGUCACAACCUGGACGUGAAGGCAGACUCCCUGAAGAAGCUGGCGAACCUCUCCCGAGACAUCACCUUUGCCCAGGAGUUCAUCAAUAGGAACGGCUUGAAACAGCUCUUCCUUAUUGUGGAAGAGGGGAACGAUAUAGGGGAGAUUCUAGCUCACACCCUGAAGGCCUUCAUGGAGCUGAUGGAGCAUGAUUUUGUCUCCUGGGAGACCCUGAGUCCGGCCUUCAUCAAAAAAAUAGUGAGGUACGUCAACACGGCUGGGAUGGAUGCCUCCGUCCAGCAGCUCUCCCUGUCCAUCCUGGAGAACAUGGUCCCGAGCAGCCGCCUCCUCUUUGAGCUGGUCAAACGUGAAGUGACCCUGGAUCGCCUCCUCACCCACCUGCAGAUGACCAACCAGCAGCUGCAGCUCAAAGCCAUGGCGCUGCUCAUCGCCCUGCUGCUGAAUGCCAGCGAUGCGGAGAGGAGGGACAUGAUGGGCUAUCUGAGCGAGAGAAACAUCCGGCAGUUCAUUCACAAGAACAUUAUCCAUGCCUCGGAGCCGAUGGGGGAUGAGAUGGCCCAUUAUCUCUACGUGCUGCAGUCCAUCACCCUCAACCUGCUGGAGCGGAGGAUGCGGACCCCCAUGGACCCCUACUCGCAGGAGCAACGGGAGCUUCUCCAGUUCCUGCGUCACAGUGCCUUCGAGUUGGAGAGCGAGCCUUCUGCCGGCACCGUCAGCGCGGAGCGCCGGCGCUCUGUGUGCGUCACGGAGUUCCGCAAGCUGGGCUUCCAGAACUACAGUAACCCUGCCCAGGACCUGCACCGCACGCCCCCGGGACUGCUGGCUCUGGACAACAUGGUCUACUUCUCCAGACACUGCCCGAGCGCCUAUAGCAGAGUGAGUGUGUUCCUGGCUCGUGAGCUGCGCCCCAGGCACAGCCCUGGGAGGUUUCUCCCAUCUCGCCAGUUUGUCCUUGAGAACAGCAGCCGUGACGAUAAACACGAGUGCCCGUUUGCCCGGAGUAGCAUCCAGCUCACCCUGGCCCUCUGCGAGAUCCUGCAUGUCGGGGAACCAUGCUCGGAGACUGCCCAGGCCUUCUACCUCAUGUUCUUCGGUCAGGACCACUUCUUCCAGGAGCUCUUCUGUAUCUGCAUCCAGCUGCAGAACAAGACCUGGAAGGAGAUGCGUGCCACGCAGGAGGACUUCGACAAGGUGCUGCAGGUGGUCCGGGAGCAGAUCACCCGGACCCUGUCCCUCAAACCCACCUCCCUGGAGCUGUUCAAGACCAGAGUGAACGCACUUAACUACAGCGAGAUCCUGAGACUGCGGCAGACGGAGAGGAUGCACCAGGAGGAGACGCUGGCCGCACCCGUGCUGGAACUGCGAGAGAGGCUCAAGCCCGAGCUCCUGCAGCUGAUCCGCCAGCAGCGGCUCCUGCGGCUCUGCGAGGGGACCCUCUUCCGCAAGAUCAGCAGCCGCCGCAGACAGGAUAAGCUGUGGUACUGCCGCCUGUCCCCCAACCACAAGGUGCUGCACUACGGAGAUGUGGAGCAGGGAGUGCAGAGCCCCCCCAUUGAGAGCCUGCCGGAGAAGAUUCCCGUGGCUGACAUCAAGGAGCUGCUGGUUGGCAGGGAGUGCCCGCACAUGAAGGAGAAGGGCUCCGGGAAACACAACAAGGAUGUCCUGGACCUGGCCUUCUCCAUUAGCUAUGACGUGGAGGAGUACUACCUGAACUUCAUCGCCCCCACUCGCUAUGAGUUCUGCCUGUGGAUGGACGGCCUGAACGUGCUGCUGGGUCGAGAGAUGACGAGCGAGCGAACCCAGAGCGAGCUCGACAUCCUGCUCUCCAUGGAGCUCAAGCUGCGCCUCCUGGACCUGGAGAACAUUUCCAUCCCUGACGCCCCUCCCCCUGUCCCCAACCCCCCCAGCAAUUUAAACUUCUGCUAUGACUUCAGCCCCCAUGAACAGUGAGGGCCUUCGCCCCGGCCAUGGUGCUCUUGCUCCCCUGAGCCAGCCCCAGCUCCUGGCCCUGCUAGCGGUAAGUCUGGGCCAGAGGCUGCGCUGGAAGGGGGAGGAAGGGAAAACCUGACUCCCCACCGUGGCCCCUCUUGCUGGGCAGAGCGAGUGGGGGAGGAAACUCGCUCUGACCUGGGCCGUGAUUCCUUUUCCCCCCUUGUCCUGGUUCUGCCCCGGGGGAGCCGCUGCCCUGACCAAGCGGGGCUUACCCCAGUGCCUCAUUGCCCCUCACUGCACUGGUGCUGCUGCUGUUAUUGCACCAUGGGGGUGGCCUGGGGCUCCCCGCUCCCCACGGCAGCCUGCUCCUGGGGGGUUGACAGAGCCUUUGGCUGGUGCCAUCCUCCUGCAGGAGUCCUCAGCUGCUGAGCUGGUACGAUACAGGACAGCUCGGCACACCCCAGGGAAAGACGCCAAGGUGGCACCUGAGAAGGUACGAUCCUGUGCUGCCCUGCGCUCCCCCUGCCGCGCUCUGGGCACGGGACGCACAGUGAUAAGUGACAGCCUGAGCGGGGGGGCUGGUGCCUCUCCCUGGCCCAGUACCUGCUGAGGCUUUCUCUGCUGCUGGCUCAUCAGCCAAAGGCCUGGCUGACAUUCAGCACCGCCCGAGGAAGCUAAAAUGUCAUGCUGCAGGGCAGGGGCCAGCUGUUGUCCUGAGCUUUGACGUGGUGCCAGCAGCCCGUGUUAUUCUUUAUGGACAAGAGGGCGUUUGGGGGGAAAUCUGCCUUCCAGCAACUACGGUGUUAAUGCUGCUGGGGCCAAAUGGCUGAGCAACUCGCUGAGGACAAGAAAGGGAUUCCUGGCCAGGCUGCCAGGGCCCCACCGGGCCUGUGGCUCAAGCUGCGUGAGGUGAGCCGAGCUGUCCCGGUCCCAGCCCAGCACGGUCUGUCUUGCCCCGGGAGCCACUGCACCCUCUUAGCCAGAAUGCUGCCUGCUUCCCUGGCCCCUCACCCUGCUCUGUACUGCUCCGGCCUGGUGCCUCUACUGAGAGGGACCCCAUGGCACCAGCCCACCCCCCUCCCUCCUCUGGUACGUGGGACUGUAACAGUACUAAGGGAAGCUGCCUGAUUGUCUCAGCACUGUCCCCUGCCCUGGGGCUGAGAACAGAUCCCUUCCACCCCCC